AUGAUGCUGAAAGGCAUUACGAUGAGGAUUGGUGCGGUCUGGGAUAAUCUUGAUCCCGUUGAGGGGCGCUUAUGGGUGAUCGAAUGGAUGAUUACUACCCUGGGCCAUCGCCAUGAGGCAUGGCGGUGGUUGACACGCGAAAUCAUUCGAUAUGAAACUUUUGAACAGCUUGGACUCACACAUACAUGUUGCAAGGCCCGUUCUUAUGGUCAUGAUAUGCCUACUGCCAAUGAUAGUGCGGAGUGUGCAGAGAUCCGUGACGAGGAGCGCUUGUUGCUCAGCAAAUUGGACACCCUGGUCGCAGAAUUUCAGGAGAAAUACACCGAGCUUGGAGUAACGGUGCCGGAAUUCUUGCGGGGAUACUGGAAGGCUAGAAUGGAGGAGGUGGAGAGAGAGGAAGAACCCCUUGACGAUGAGGAGAUCUCCAGGAUCAGGGACUUGGGCGUCAUCAUACACCCUUGA